AUGCUUCCAUCAGAACCGCCAAAACCUUCGAGUAGGGAUUUCGAUCCUUCAUCUAUGAGUAUAGAUGAUGAUGUAGACAUGGGAAGUGAAGAUGAAUCACCGGGAGUGGAAUUAUCGAGUGUCGAAGUAAACAUCCUUAUCUAUUUGUAUCUACUCGAAUCAAAUUUCACUCAUACAGCAUUCACUUUACUUUCCGAAACCAAUCUACCUUCAACAUCAUUAUUUCAACACUUCAAUCCUUCAUAUCCCACACCUUUUGGAUUAAACAAUGGUAAAUCAAGUAGACCAAAUGGGUCUACUCCAAUGCAAGGAACUUCUAAAUCACCCGUUCAACCGAAUUUCGGUAAAGCUGAAGGUAAAAUCGAAAGAGGUGAAUUGGUAAGGAAAUUAUGGAAAGCUGUAAGAUGGGAAGAAGUGGAAAGACAUGUCGCAUCAAAUGGAGAACCAUACAAGCCUACAUGCCCAAAUCCAUUUCACCUCUUGAUACCUCAUAUAUGCCCACCUUCCUUCCCAUCCUCAGUUUCAAAUCCAUCACUUCCCUUGCCCGAUUCAUUACAAUCCUCCUCGCCACCACCUCCGAAGCGUCCGGAAGCAUUCCCUCCUCCCCCAGAACCAGUAGCCGGACCAAGCAAGUCAUCUACUAUCGAACCUCGCAAUAAACGGAAGACGCGUCAACAAUCCUCCGAAUCAAACUCACGUCAGCCUUCUCCGGAGAGAUCAAAUUCUCCUGCUAUAAUAAAUAAAGCCAAAGCACCUGAAAAAGAUCCCGCUAAAAAGGAAAAAAGAGCAAUGAAAAAGAGAGUCAGACUGGGUGAAAAUGGUAACGGUUUUGGCGAUGUAAAUAUGGACAUUGACGAAGAGAAGGAGGAAACGAAAGAAAAAGAACUCAGAAUCGCUUCUCCAAAGAAAAAAGAUAAUUUGAAAGUACCAGCAAGCUCAAGUGGAUCAAGAGCUCCAACCCCAGAAUCUAGAAAGCCCUCUCCAACAGUCAAGGUCAAGGAUUUACCUGACGAGAGAGACGGAAACGAUAGAGUAGGCAAAUGGGUGGAACAUCGCGAUGCUGUCUCUUGCGUAGCUUGGAACCCCAAGAAUCGAGACGUCUUAGCUACAGGAUCAGGAGACGGUACAGCCAGAUUGUGGGACUUUACUCCAUCACCAAAUUCUACGUCGCAUAUGAUCAUGGCCAAGAAACCGACUGUUAUACAUCACAAAUCAAUCGAGUCGUCGAAGAAAAAUGUAACAGCAGUAUGUUGGCAUCCUGAUGGAACAAUGCUUGCUACUGGGUCGUACGACGGAGUUGGCAGAUUAUUCACUCCCAGUGGAAAUAUGCAAGGUAUCAUGACGUAUGGUCGAGGAGCUAUAAAUGCACUGAAGUGGAACCCAUCUGGUUCAGCGAUCCUCAUGGCGAAGGAUGACUUCACGGUGUCAAAGUGGGCCAUAGGACCUGGAGGGAAUAUGGAGGUCAAACUCAGCUUCGACGCGCAUACCAAGGAAGUAAACGAUGUCGACUGGUUGGAUGAUGAUGUUUUCGCUUCAUCCGGUAAUGAUCACACCAUCUUUGUGCACCGCGCCACGGACAAAAGACCUCGUUUCACUUUCAAAGGUCAUUCAGAUGAUGUCACACGGAUCAAAUGGUCACCAGCUCAAUCUGGAAAACCAGUGACCACUCGUCUUCUUGCUUCCGUAUCAGAUGACGGGAACUGUAUGAUAUGGCGACUACCAUCGUAUCCUGAAGUAUCAACACGGGGUGGCAAUAGCAGGAGUACAAGUCCGAUAAAAGCGAAAGAAGGUUCAGCGGAGGACGAUUAUUUCGGUGGUGGAACUCCUGUACCUGGAGUAGAUCAUUGUUUACAUCGACUCAACAUCGUCUCAGGAAGUGAAAACAAGCGUAUGAACACUUUAGAAUGGAGUCCUGCAUGUGAGAGCGGUAGAAUGUUAUUAGCCGCUGGGGGACAAGAUUCGACAGUUAAAGUAUUCGACGCACUUUCGGGGGAAUGUCUGCAUACCUUGACGGGAUUGGAAAGUGGUACAGGAUCAUUAGCGUUUUCUCCUUUAUCUUUCGGUGGCAAAUUAGGUGCUUUAGCUGCUGGAGGAUGGGAUGGUCAUUUAUUCGUCUGGGAUAUAGAAUCUGGAAAAGUCAUAUUACAACAGGACAUAGAAGAAGAUGCUAGAAAGCAGAGUUUCAGAGAACAACCUAUGAUGUUGGCUAUGGCUUGGAGAGAAGAUGGGAAACAUCUUGCAUGUGGAUUACACAAUAAAAGCGUCAUGGUGAUCAACGUCGAAGGAAUCAAAGCAGAGGAGAAAGAUGAAUAA